CACUCGCCAGUAAACUGUGAGACUUCCAGCGAUUCGUCAGGUGAAAUGUUGUGUGACUAUUAAAUUUUUCUUUUUAAUUGUAUCAUCGAAUAUUUUAACAUACAAUUAUUCAUCGAAAUUACUUACUUUUCCGAAAGAUUUUAGUCACUUUGAUCAUUAUUAUCGGUUAACUGUCAAAUUAUCAAAUAUACGACGGUACAUAUUACAUAUACAUAUCUAAUUUCUCUUGCAAUUUAUUAUUAGUCGUAAUAGUGAAAAAAAAACAUCACAACAGCCAUGGAUAUUAGUCAGCUACCAAUCACGAAGUAAAUCUGGUAUUCAUGCAAGACUAAUCGAUUUGAGAAAUCGUGUAGUCUAAUGAGUAUUUGUCAUCAUCAAAAAUGCAGGUUAUUAUUGUAUUAUCAAAAAUAUAACACAGAUUUCAUUAUGAAUUAAAUAUCAUAGUACAAGGUUGUGAUAUCAAGAAACAAAAAUAGUAAUUAUCAUAGUAUAAAAUACGUGACAACAAGAGAAUUCAAGUGACUGUGAGAGUGUUAGAUAAUAAACAAUCAUUCGAUGAUUAAUAUUUAUAUUUUGCUGUGACGCGAAUAAUAUUAUGAAAUACAAAAUUAAAAUAUCAUAAUUCCCCCGGAAAAUACGCAGUGAAGUUAGCUCGGUGGAUGUCAUUGACCGCCAUAUUCAGGACAGUCGUCCGAGACAGUUUCGAAAAAAAAGUUAGAAGGUGAAGUGAUAAGAGUGUCGAAAGGUUAAGGAUUGUGCGUUGAACAUAUUAUUACGCAUAAAAAUCAGUAAAACUGACGCAAUAAAAAACUUAAGAUGGAGUUCAAGUUCAACGUAAAUAAACUUUUACCUAGAAAGAUCAACAAGGUCACACAUACUCUCAUUCCAGAAGAUUUCAAAGGUGAUCGUCGUGAAUUAAACGAAUGUCAGAGACAACUGACUAGAAUUGUUGAUGAUAUGGGAGAGGCUUCUGCCAAAGCUCAAGGUCUGAAUAAGCCAAUAACCAGCGCCUUAAAACUUCGAGAUACGGAUCAUAUAGUUUAUUUAUUAAUGGAUAAUGAAGCUAAUAACGGACUGGGCAGUGUGGUGGGAUUGUUAAAAACUGGAUCGAAAAAUCUUUUCAUGUUUGACGAGACUGGCGCUCAUUAUCAAUUAAAACCUAGAUGCAUUCUGGACUUUUAUAUUCAUGAAUCACGACAACGCAUGGGCCUUGGAAAUAUUCUCUAUCAGCAUAUGCUUUCCGAAGAGAAUAUUAGACCGGUGAAAUUAGCAAUAGAUAGACCGUCAGAAAAAUUUUUAGCCUUUUUAAACAAACACUAUGCUCUUACGAAGAUUAUUCCGCAAAACAAUAAAUUUGUCGUUUUUCAAGGAUUUUUUGAUGACGAACAUCAAGAUGUAAGAACUAAUAGAUACAGCUUGCCCCCAAAAAAUUCGAUUGAUAUCGGUGCAUCGAAUACCAUACAUAAUAACAUUGUAAAGAAUAAUUCUAGUUUGAAUGUUUCUUACUCUUCCUCUAUUUCACGCACUUCAUUUGGUAGAUAUGCUGCAGCACGACCGCCUUGUUCCAUGGCCAAUAUAAUCCAUAAUACUACCGUGCUUGGUCCAUCUGCCGAGCGUACUGGUGAAAAAUCGAGUACUUUGGCUACAAUACAAUUGAAACCAGAACGACCACGGUCACUGAGUCUUUAUUCGGAAGAAGAACAGAAGCUACGUACAAAUGAAGUAUCAACAGUACCAACACCUGCUUUACCCGAUUAUCAACCAAGUCCUCUAGUUACUAUUUUACGGGAAACAGAAAAAACUGAAAAAAAUGUGAAAUCCUCACCUUCAUGUAGCCAAGAAGUAGCUGGUACCAAUCAACACAGUCGAUUAGAUUUAAAAUUCUAUCAUUCUCCUUUAUGGUAAACAAUAAAAUUGAGACAAUGUUAAAAUUAUAUUGAAAAUUAUAUUGUUUUUAUGUGCAAUAAGAUUAUAAAGCUUCUCAAAAUAAAAUAUCA